CGAUUGUGCGCGGCUCUCAACGGGCGACGACAAGCACGAGUUCGAACUGAACGAGAGGAGGCCGUUGUCGAGGCCGCGGACUGCCGUCGGGUUUCGAAUCGGGUCAGACGCUCUUGGAGGCGGGCGGGAGCUUGGGGUUGGCAUUCUCGUUGACCGAGGCCGAGGUCUCGAUUUCUGCGGCAGGAGCUUUCGGCGAUGGCGUCACGCGCAUCGGACCUCACCGAGUGCAUUUCGAACAUGGCAAUCGGCUGUAUGCCUCAAGAACCUGGAGCCGCCUGUGUCGCUCUGCGAUGACUGGCGAACCGUGCGAGUGCGAAUUUUUCUGUCCCCUCCGAACGAAUGAAAGGCAUGAGAGCGACAGAUCGAACGAGGCGGAAUUCGAAUUAGGGCUUCGAUUUCCGAGUGAGUAGGAGCUGUGACAGGGGCUCGAGCUAAUUGUGACCUGCGAAUGGGUCGAUGGGUGGUGCUCCGGCUCCGUGCCGAUCCGUUUGUUAGCAGUGGUGGAGGUAGUGGUAUUGGCAGGCAUAGAAGCAGAAGCAGAAGCAGAAGCUCGAGAAGAAGGCACUCGAGGCCGAUUGGGUGUUGAAUUGUGAGUUGCCAAGCGCGGUAGGAGAAGAGAUGAUGGACGGAGGAAGCGGGCGGGAAGAACAAGGAGCGAAGGGCUCGUCGAAGAUGGGAGGCAAGGAGAGGCGGAAGGUGGAGUCGCUGGGCUGGCUCACGGAGUCGUCGGUCAUGCCCAAGAAGCAACGGGCCAUAGCUGGAGUCGGCGCGUCCUCGAUCGUGGAACUGAGGGCCGAGCUCUAUAAGACCCAGGAGGACGUGAAGAAAGCCAAAGAAGGGGACGUCGAAGUCGUGAGAUCAAGGAAGAAGAUUGGGGUCCCCGAGAAGAAGAAUGCCGGAGUUGACGAAAGGGCUGCCAAGGACGCGCUCCACUUGAAGGCAGUGGAAGAUGGGAAGGACGUCUACGCUGCUCUGGAGAAGAAAGCUGAACUUUAUGAGAAACUUUCGAGGGGCGAAUUGAACGAAGAGGAAGCCGAAAUGUACAACGUGGAUUUCUUCAGGAAAGGACUUCUAGAAGACGAGCGGUUAGAAAUGGAGGAGGAGGAUGGUUCCAGGGAUCUACACGGAAAAAUUAACGAUUCUUCGGACUUGGGAUCAGUGCACACGCGUUCCCAAGGUGGCUGGAUCCGCGAUGGUGCUUCCGGACUUACUCAAGAACACAAGCAAAUCAUCAGGGAAGUGAACGAAGAGACGAAGGAUGCAAGGGAAAAAACUUCUACUCUGAAGCAGCAGAGGUUAUUGCAAUCCCAAAAGAAACGAGAGGCUCUGCGGCAGGCAUAUCUGAAGCGCCAGGUUGAAAAACUCAAAAGUCAAAAACAACAAUCUGCAUCGUCCGCAGACGAUUAGUCUUUUGCCACUUGAUAGUACGCUAGAUAGAGUCGUGGAGACAGACAUACCCAGCCUGUUGCUUCUGUUCCUGAAGUACUACAUUACAGGUUACUGCGAAGCAUUUUUGAAUAUUCAUCAGCCGACAAGAAGAGGUCGGUUGUGAUCAUUGCGCUCUUUAUAUUUAUAUAUACUCUGAUCGCCUGGUUGGAGUUGAGAAAAUGUGAAGAGCACAGAUUCUCACGAAUGCGCCACUCUCGAUCGCCAAGAAUGGAUUCGCCUCAAGCAUUGUCGGUCCUGUCGGCAGAAGAGGAACUGCUCUCCUAAGUUUUGCCGACUAUUGACCCCGCUCUAAACCGUGCCGUAGGAUACACUCGAGCGAAUUCUAUAACUCGUAAGGCAUGCACUAUCAUCAGGAGACUGUCGAAGGUCAUUGAAUCAUGAACCGGAUCGAUGGCUGAAGUAACAGUACAAACAAUGACCUCGAUUGGAAGAUGGAAUUUGAAAGCCCCAGGCGCGACGCCGUAACUGCCAUAUAAAAAUAGAAUGUAGCAGAGAGCUGUUCAUGAGUUUGGAGCUCUUGGUGCAUUUACGCACCCGACACAAGUUUGUGCUUGCAGCAGUCAUCAUGUAAGUUUCAGGGUACGACGAUCGGACAUAGAAAAUGAUGCCAUGUGUGUCAGGUGCUGUUAUUUUAUCGUAUGGAAAGAAUAAAAUUUCUCGCUAUCCAUC